AUGCGUGCGUCUAUGCUUAGCGUGACCCGAUCGACGGCUCGUCCCGGACUCGCCUUGCGACCCGUGGGAGGACUUCAGCGUCGCUUCCAAACAUCUUUGGACGAUCCGUCUCAAGCUCGAGUUCCAAGGGACGGCGUUGCCGCACGGUCGGCUCCCAGCCCGCCUUCGCAGGACGUGGAGCCUUCCCUUGGUUCUAGCAACCUUCUCAAGUCCACAAAGGAGGAGCGUGUCUUCAACACGCCCUUGACCGAGCAGGGUAUCGCGGGCUUUGGAAUUGGGUUAGCCAGCGUCGGAUCCACUGCGAUUGCAGAGAUUCAGUUUGGUGACUAUCUCGUCAAUGAAGCGGCCAAGCAGCAUUACGCCAGUGGAGGAUCCUACCCGCUCCCCGGUGGAUCCUUUACUGUUCGCGCGCCGUCCAUGAGCGUCGGCCACGGUGGCUUGUACCAUUCGCAGAGCCCCGAGGGCUUCUUCCUCGGAGCGGCGGGCCUCAAGGUCGCUGUCGUUCGGUCGCCGAUUCAGGCCAAGGGCCUUUUGCUCGGUGCCAUCAGGGACCCUAACCCUACGAUCAUCUUCGAGCCCAAGGUUCUCUACCGUGCUGCAGUUGACGACUUUACCCUGCCUCUAGGCACUACCGAUGAGAUCCGCCCGGGUACCGAUCUCACUGUUCGAGUCCGGGCUAUUGAGCUCCUGACAAACCCUCCGCCUAGCCUGGUUCAGUACCUUCCUGAGAAGCUUCGGCCCCCUCACCCCGCUCCGUCGAUCCAGCUGAUCGACCUUCGCACCAUCAACCCCCUGCCUAUCGGCGAAAUCACCGACGCCGUUCGCAAGACUGGACGGCUUGUCGUGGUGCACGAAGCCGGAAAGAGCGGAGGUGUCGGCAACAAUUUGGCUGGUGAAGUCGGCCGUCGUGCAUUCGAGUACCUGGAGGCCCCCAUCGGCCUUGUCAGCGGCUGGGAGCACGUCGCGACCCUGGCGACACGUUUCGAAUGGAUGACACGUUUCGUUGGACUAAUUACCGCCGCCAUUGACGUUUGGCACUCCUCACUAUCCGCGCCCAUGUUCGAGCCACAUCUCGACCACCAACAUCUGCACGAUAGCGACCGCGCUCGGAGCGAAGGCAGCAGCAUUUUGGAGGAGCUGGACAAACUCGCGCCCAUCAAGAGCUUUGACGCGUUCCCAAAGGUCCAGUCCUCCUACACCAUCCGGUCACGACGCGGAGGUGUUUUGACCGCACUCGUCGGCCUUAAUGACCUGGGCGAAUACCUUUACGGCAGCACCAGCCUGUCGGUCAAAGUCGACCCCACCAUUGAAAGCAAUCUCCAGCUCAAUGUAGAUGUCACAGUCGCCAUGCCCUAUCUUUCCAUCGAUCUCCGUGACGGUGUGGGCGACCGCAUUCACUUGGACAAGGAGUUUGCCAAGGAAGGUACUGUUUUCGAGACUGGAAAGGCAGUGACCAAGAAAGUACAUGAGGGCCCGGCAUGCAGGGUGUACGGCAGCGUUCAAGUGCGCAAGGUGGCCGCAAACCUCCACAUCACCACCCUCGGACAUGUGUACCGGGCAAGGGAGCACACCGACCACCAUUCCGCUGGACAUGAGCUUGGAGACAACGGAAGAACUAUUAUCUUCGGGUUGUUCCGACAACGUAUAUCGAUGCCAGUCGCAGGUGGCUGUCGACCUCACAGUUUCCCUCACGGAGGAGGUGUACCCGGCAUCUUUUUCAAGUACGAGUUGGAACCCAUGUCUAUCACCAUCCGUGAACGCACCACGACUCUUUAUCAAUUCCUGAUUCGGCUCGUUGGUGUGCAGUCUCAAGAAAUUGUGGCUGCACUCACUCCGCGAAUGUCUGAGCAACAGCGCAAGCUGGAGCGGGACCGCCACUACGCGGACCUCGCGGCUAAAGCUCGACUGAACAUGACCUACGUGACCAACUUUGGUCAGCCUUCCCAAGCGGCGCCAGGUAAGAAAAGGGCCAUCCAUGACAUGUUGACACCAGCCAUGGCGCCGCCGGGGAUAAACGACUCUGCGCACACGGCUCUGGCUCAGCCACAGCCUCAGUCGCAUGCACUGUACUCGGGCGACGCGCGCGCUCUCCUCCACCGGUCGCUAGAAGUGAGUGGCCGCCACACUGACCAGCAGGCUGAUGCCCAGUUCCCCGCCGGUGAGCGUUGGGAUCCUGACCCGGCCAAGCAUAUCAAUUUUCUGCUGGCGGAGGUGAACAAACUGGAAAAGCAGAAGGACGAGGCCGUCGAAAACGCAAAGCACUGGCAUGGAUUUUCUCAAAACGCCAACGAGCAACACUCUGCGCUGGAGAGGGACAAGGCUGCUCUUGAGCAGAGGAUCAACAGCCUCGAACGUCAGCUGAAUGAGGAGCAGGCUUCCAAGCUUGCCCUCAAACGCCGCGGCCGAAGCAGUCUGACCGAGACGUUGGACUUGAAAGAGAUGAAGGAGCUUCGCUUCCACAACAGUGCUCUCAAGUCGCAAAUCGAAGAGCUCCGCCACGAGACCGACUUGGAGCUGGCCCGUGAAGUCCAGUACCUCCGUUCGAAUGAGAUCCUCCAGAAGCAACUUCCACGAGCUUUGGACGUUGCAAGAGGGUGCUGGCGAAAAGGACGACCCCCUAUGUACGCCUCGGAUGGUAUCGUCGCUGACACCCAGGCCCUUCUCGACGCGGCGUUCAAGUGA